ACAACCCGUCUCUCUCUCUCUCUCUCUCUCUCUCUCUUUCCACCCUCGCGCCGCGCACGAACUCCAAAGCACGCGUGCCGCCCGCCCGCCCGCCGCCGCCGAUGUCGCCGCCGUCGGGUUCCGGGGAGCCGGCGCCGGAGAGGCGCCUCGGGGUGCUCCUCUCCCACCUCCGCUCGUUCGCGCUGCUGAGCCCCCGGCGGGCCUCCUACCACGACCUGGAGCUGGAGGCCGGGGCGGGAAUGGCUGCUCUCGCCGCGUCUCCAUGCGCCGCCGUCGCCGCCGCCGACGGGGAGGGGGUUUCCUCGGGGGGAGAGCGCUGCGUGUUCUGCGAGAUCGUGAAGGGCAACACGCCGGCCUACAAGCUCUAUGAGGAUGAUGUGUGCUUGUGCAUCCUGGAUAUCAAACCACUCAGCACUGGGCAUUCACUGAUCAUUCCCAAAAGUCACUUUCAAUCACUACAGGAAACACCACCAUCUGUAAUAGCAGAUAUUUGUUGUAAACUCCCACUUCUUUCCAAUGCAAUUGUGAAGGCUACUCAAUGCGAUGCAUUCAAUGUGCUUGUCAACAAUGGAAAGGUAGCAGGGCAGGUUAUUUUUCACACUCAUGUUCACAUCAUUCCCCGCAGAAAAGGCGAUAACUUGUGGUCUUCAGAGACCUAUGAAAGGAACUUCAUCAAGCACAACCAGGAAACCAAAGAUCUUGUUAGCGGCAUCAAGGAACUACUGUUUUCACCUCACAACGACCACACUGAAGGAUCAACAAUUCCAAAGGAACUCUGAAGCAAGACAGUAGAUUACCAAAUCAACAGGCAUUUUUUCUGCUUCUCUUGGUCAUCUUGAAGAACAAUGCUGCGAGAUGAAUUGGUGUAUAGUUGCAUCUCGUGCCUUGAAAUUUUGAUACUAACUGGCUAAGUAAGUAAUCAUCUUAGAGAGAGCCAAAAGUGGUAGAGAACUGUAAAGCAUAUCAUAAGGCCGUAGCUGAUACUUGCUAGUGGUCUAAACACUUUCAUGUGAAAAAAAACAGUAAAAUUAGGCUUGUUAAACUUGAUAGGCUUUAGCUUUUUUUCAGAAUGGUGGUGGUCAAAAGUGGGCUUUCACCACCUGCACAACGGUGAUCUUUCUUUCAGAAUCUAUGGGAGAUGGAUGAAUA